AUGUUCAUCUCUUCUGAUGGAAUAAAGCAACACGAUUUGAUCAAACUUCUUGAAAUCGAAUAUCAAAUCGUGUCUCAAGAGGUGAAGGGCAGUAAAGUUGAUUCUGUUCUUCAUAGAAACCAGAAUCAGACACUCGACAAUGUUGUCGCGAAGAUCAACAUGAAGCUUGGUGGCAUGAACUAUAACUUGAUGCUUGGAUCAAAACCUAGUGAUACACUGUGUAUGGUGAUAACUUCCAGCGUGAACAAGUGGGUGAACGACAAAGAUCGUCUUUUCGUCGGCUUCGAAAUCUCCAAUCCCCCUCCACUUUCGAAGUUGGACAUUGAACGCGGCGCGACUUACAAGAUGCCUUCUGUUCUUGGCUGGGGAGCAAAUUGCGCAGCGAAUCCUCAGCAAUAUAUUGGCGACUAUGUGUUCAUUAAGCCACGCCAGUCAGAUAUGAUGGGAGCAAAGCUAAGUGAACUGAUUGUUGAAAUCCUGAAGAAAUUCCGUGCUGCGACUACCGUUGUUCCUCGUCACAUUGUGCUCUAUUUCUCUGGAAUAUCUGAAGGACAAUUCAGUCUUGUGACCGACACGUACAUGAAAGCGAUUAACACGGGAAUCACAUCACUAUCGGCUACUUACAAGCCUAGUGUGACGGCUUUGGCUGUUUCGAAGGAUCACAACGAACGUCUUUACAAAGCCAACAUAUCGGGAAAUCGUGCCGUGGAACAGAAUAUUCCUCCCGGUACAGUUGUCGACACUAAAAUUGUUUCGCCUGUCAUCAACGAAUUCUACCUGAACGCGCACUCGGCUUUCCAGGGUACCGCAAAAACACCGAAAUACUCGUUGUUGGCUGACGAUUCCAAGAUUCCUCUUGAUGUCAUCGAAGGAAUGACACAUGCUCUUUGCUACUUGCACGAGAUCGUGACAUCUACUGUGUCGGUCCCUGCGCCACUUAUUGUGGCCGAUCGUUGUGCCAAGCGUGGGCACAACGUCUACAUUGCAAACUCAAACCAGGGGAAUGCUGCUGUGAACAGCAUUGAAGAAGCAAACGAAAAACUCGUCAACCAUGGCGAUCUUCAGAAAGUUCGCUACAAUGCGUAG